AUGAAAGUCGAUCGGCUUCAAUUUCGUGUACCCGGACUGCCGUUUUACAAGCCUGCUCGAUCCACGGAAGAGCGAAUUGCUCGUCGUCUCAGCAUGAUGUCCUACUCUGCCAUCGACGAGAAGAAAGACCGCUUAUCAAGAUUCGAAGAAAAAGCAUCCACGCCAAUCACAAGUGAAGAACGAGUGGCCAUCGUGAGAAACCUCUUUCGAAAUGCUACAGAAAACGAACUGGCCGUCUAUGCGUCUCUACUGGCCGAAGGAAAUUUUGCUCGGUUGGCCGAACUGGAACGAGAGAAGAAUGCCGAAGCUACGGGACCAGAGUUGCAACGAAUUCGAGAAGUCUCGUUGCUGUCGAAGGAUCCAAAGACGAUAGACUUUCUGGUGCCAGCCACACUGGAAACGGCUCGGAAGGAGCAAAGUCAGCACAUUCUCGAAGAGGUAAACAAGAAAAAGCUCUCGGUUGACAAGCCGUCCUUACACAGACAUAACACGUCCGCUCAGGAACAGCUUCCAUCUCGAAAA